AUCAUCAGUUGGUCUGUUGCUGUCUUUCCUAGCAAGCAAGCACUCAACUAGCAGGAGCAGAGCAGCAGGUCCAAGCUGAAAAGUCAAAGACAAGGACGAGAAACGAAACGGGAAAAAGGAGAAAACCGGAGCAGGCAACAAGCAGCUUAGCUCCUCCCGUUUUCCAUUUCCCGGCGGCGGAUCCACUUCCGGUUUUCGUCCUCGUCAGCCCCGAUUUCAGCUCAGCUCGCGCAGUUCACCACCGUUGUAUAUAUAUAUAUAGUCCACGGCCUGCCGUUGUAUAACCUGCAACAAGAGUGAAGAGUCAAGACCCACCACCACUACCCCUCUCCGAUCAAGCAAGCAAGAAGCAGGCAGAUUGAGAAUCCUCCUCUCUGAUUCUGACCAGAGCAUACAUACAUGGCGGAGACUGAGGCAGCGGCAGCAGCUCCUGCGGCGGCGGAGGAGGAGGAGACGAGGAACAAGACGGUGGUGCUGGUGGGCGUGGACGACAGCGACCACAGCUACCGCGCGCUGGAGUGGGCCGUGCGCCACGUGGCCGCCAUGGCCGCCGCCGAGCUCGUCGUCGUCCACGCCAAGCCGUCCCCGUCCUCCGUCGUCACCGUCGGCGGGGCCGCGGCCGCUGCCGGCGGCGAGGUGCUGAGGUACGUGGAGGCGGACCUGCGGCGGAGGGCGGAGGAGGUGGUUGAGCGCGCGCGCCGCCUCUGCGCCGCCAGCUCGGUUGAGGGCGUGGUUGAGGUGGUGGAAGGGGAGCCGAGGAUAGUGCUGUGCAACGCCAUCGACAAGCACCGGGCCGACAUGCUCGUCGUCGGCAGCCAUGGCUACGGCGCCAUCAAGAGGGCCUUUCUGGGGAGCGUGAGCGACUACUGCGCACACCACGCGCACUGCUCCGUCAUGAUCGUCAAGCAGCCCAAGCACACCAAAUGAUCGCCGAUUCAAUCAAGAGUGAUGAUACAUUGUGUAAACCAACAGCGUCAUAUUACGUUAAAAGAUUCCAGUGCGGCAUUCGUGUCAUUACGUAACGACUGUGUGCACCCAAUUGUACCAGUAUGUAUGAUGCAUGCGUUUAAAUUAUCAGUCAGGAAGAGCGGUUCAACCGCCAUGUACGACAAACAUAGCACAUAUUAUGAAUGUAUGACUCUUUUUCAAA